CAACGUUGGCGGCGUGUGGUGUAAACAAGAGAGGCGAGGCUGUGACCCCCGGGAGCCACCUGCACCAAGACGCGCAGGCUCACUUGUGCUCCUGAGAAUAAUGAGUGAAGGGCCUCUAUAAUGGAGGACUCUGCUCUCAUGACGGAGGGCCGGAUCAACGAGGUCCUGGCCGACAUCCUGAAAGUGGAUGCCCUUCAUGAGGCUUUAGUAAAUUUGCUGGUAGUACCUAAAACAGAAAAAGAAUCUACCCGCCUCACCAACGUAUGUAGUGACCUGCAGCGGGUGUUGACUGAGGCAUCCACAGAAGCUGCAAGCAUAGCAAAUGCUGGACAAGAUGGCCAACAAGGAGCAGGGCAGAAAACCACAGAAACAACCAAGUCUGGGGCGGUGGAGGUGUCGACACGAAUUCAAGAGACAGGAGUAAGCACAAUUGUGUCUGUGUUGGCUCGGCAGAACAAUACACAUCGUGCUCAGUUUGUGGCCUCAACCCUCACGCAUCUUGCUACUACCAACACAGUUUCAUCGAAAGUGGUUUGUCUGUGCCUUCUUAUGGAUGAAAACCUCAUCCCUGAUAAUGAUAUCUUCUGGAUAACAGCAUUUGGCAUCAUUCGGAAGAUAAUAACGGGUGUGGACUAUAAAGGUGUGCGUGAGAUUAUGAAGAUGUGUUUAGACCGUGCCCGACAGCUUCCAACUAACCUUCAGAGAUCUCAGCUACAUCUUGUAGAUGCUCUGUACGAAGUCAUGGAGUUGAUUUUUGACAGGAAUGCAUCACUUCUUCCUGGAUAUUUUAUUGUAAAUGAGCUUCUCAAGCUUUAUCCAGACUAUAAACAUUGGCCUCAUUGGAAAUUGGCAUCACUCUUGACAGACUUUGUUGACAAGUUUCGAAGAGCUGCUCAAAUGCUGUCAGUAGCGAUCCGCCCAAAGCUCCGACCUAUUGUUGAACAUGCAGGGCACAAUAGUCCAUCUAUCAACUCCUGGAAAUUAGACUCUUUGACCUUGAAGUUCCAGCUGAAGGGUGCCCUGCCAUACAGCCCUGAGCUCCUAGAAGCCCAGCCUACUCUUCUGCGCUAUAUUCUCAGGCAGCCAUAUUCGCGAGAGAUGGUUUGCACUGCGAUAGACAUACAAAAAAAGCAAAAGCAGCGAUGCAUUGCCCUGGAGGAGCAGCUGGUAGAACUGAUAAUUACUGCCUUAGAGCAAGACUGCAGUCAUGUGGAUAAUUCUGGCAGUGGCUCUACGACCAAUGGCUCUUCCAGUAAUGGCUCCUCCUCCACGUGUACUGAUCACAGUCCUUGUUUCUGUGCCCAUUUGUCUUCUCUUCUAAUAUAUUUUGUCUUGUUUCAACUCGUUUCAUUUCCAUCUUUGGUUCUGAGAUUACAUGAGAAGCUGAAGACAAAAGGUAGACACCAAGGACGUGACCACCUGAUGUGGGUUCUGCUACAGUUUCUCUCAGGCAGCAUACAAAAGAAUCAAUUCUCUGACUUUCUCCCUGUCCUCAGACUCAUUGAGGUGUUGUACCCCGAGGCUGAACCGCUACCCGUACCUGACUACUCUGACCCACAGUGUGUGAUGCAGAUGGCUGCUAUGUGUAUUCUGAUGCACAUCCUAAAGAAGGCUCAGGCAGAUAAUAUUAAGACACCUCGUGCACUCCCACCAAUCUUCAAGACUCAUCAUGAGUUUCUUCAGAGUUUGGCCCAUAACCCCCAGUUGCCACUCAUUACUGCUGGUGCUCCUCCUGAUUAUAGAAUUGCCCUGCUUUUAAAUGCUUAUUCCACCAAUCAGGAAUAUUUCCAGAGACCAAUUCUCAUAUUGUCUGAAAGUAUUCAGGGGAAUCAAAAAUCAACUGUACCAAUGCCAGGUAUAAACUGUGUAGCACUUGGUAGCACAUCACCACUCUCCAUAACAUUACUUGAUGCCCUCACAGUGCACGUCAAGAUGAGUCUCGUCCAUAACAUUGGGCAGCAUAUACAAAAGCAAGCACAACAUAAAUCGGGCGUGGCACUGGCCCCAGCACUCGUUGAAACAUACUCACGACUGUUAGUCUACACAGAGAUUGAAAGCAUUGGGAUAAAGACCUUCAUAACAAACCUGUUGCCAGUAGUGUACAAGAGUCACGUGUGGAGCAUGCUGCAUGCUCUGUUGGAGAUGUUUAUCCACCGUAUUCAUCACUCUCCACCGCAGUAUCGCAUCCAGCUGCUCUCGACCAUCCACCACAUGGUUGCGGUGCCCCUCAAUGCCAUGACUCAAAUGACACAACUUCACUUAUGUAUGGAGAGUGUGGCACUCAGACUGAUUACCGGUUUGGGCAACUCAGAAGUGAUGCCAAGUCUGACACGUUACACUUUCUGUUCGGAUACAAAACCCAACUUGAUAAGCACAGACUCAGAGGAGCUUAAUCGGGUGCUGGUUUUAACUAUGGCCCGUGCAAUACACGUGACAGGUUGUGAUAGUUCGGGGGAUUCGGCUCGUUGGUGUGUUGACUUCCUGAAGACAGUCAUGACACAAACUCCUCACACCUGGGCCAAUCAUACACUGCAGUGUUUCCCUUCAGUGAUAGCAGACUUCUACCACCAGUGUGCAGCGCCGCGGGAAAACAUGCACACCUUGAAGAAAGCAGUUGAGGAGGAAUACAGGAAAUGGAAGUCUAUGAGCAAUGAAAAUGACAUUAUUGCCCAUUUCUCCCUUCAACACAACACUUCUCCAUUGUUUCUGUGUCUUCUCUUCAAGAUGGUGUUGGAUACUGACAGAGUACCUCAUAUUGCUUACAAGGUAUUGGAACGCGUUGGGCCCCGGCAACUGGCCGCACAUGUUCGAACACUUUGUGACUUCCUGGUUCUGGAGUUUUCAAACAGUGCUGGCGGGCAACACGUCACCAAGUAUGUUGAAACAAUGAAUGCCAUCAUCUGGGUCUACAACAUAGUGCCCAUUGAUCGUCUUAUGCUCUGUUUGGCACUGCGAACUCAGGAAGGUAGCGAGGCGCAUGUUUGCUUCUUCAUCAUCCAGCUGUUGCUUCUCAAACCGGCUGAAUUGAGGAACCGUGUUCAAGAGUUUGUCAAGGAAAACUCCCCUGACCAUUGGAAACAGAACAACUGGUAUGAGAAGCACAUGGCUUUUCACCGCAAGUAUCCUGAAAAGUUCUCUCCCGAGAGUAUAUUAGCAGAGCAAGGAACGCUUACUGCACAGUACCAGACUCUGCCCAUUUACUUCUCAAAUGUCUGCCUCAGGUUUUUACCAGUGCUGGACAUCAUCAUUCACCGUUUCUUGGAACUCCAUCAAGUGCACAAGAAUUUGGAAACCAUCCUAGAAAGACUUGGCAUGCUUUACAAGUUUCAUGAUCGACCAAUCACUUAUUUAUACAAUACAUUCCACUAUUAUGAAAACAAGUUACGCGAGCGUCCGAACCUGAAACGACGUCUGGUAGUUGCCGUAAUAAUGUCACAGCAGGAAAUUCGUCCACCAGGCUGGGCCUUAACUGAGGCUUAUUGUCAGUAUUUGACACGGCCUCCUGAUGAUAUUACAUGGAAACCAGGACUGUCCUAUUACACAGCACUUGUCAAGCGUCUGGUUAACACCAUGCAAAGUAAGCCAAUCUUUCCAUCAGUAGAGUGGCGAUUUAAUGAGUUUGCCAACAGCGGUGCUCAUGCCCUUCAUGUGAGUUGUGUGGAGUUAAUGGCCCUGCCUAACAGCCCAACUGUUAUUGCUAACAAGUUGCUGGAUGUCCUGCUCAAAGGGUACUGUGACAUUCCUUCAGGUGAGGUAGAGGAGUGGGUGAAUGCUGUUGGUCUCCUCCUCACGUGGCUUCCCGAGCCUUACUGGCUUGUUAUUCAUGACCGUAUAAUAGAACUCCUCCAGAAACCAAUCCUUGCAAGCCCUGGAACUGGCUCCAUGGACCCCUUCACCUUGCUUAAUUUGGAACGGGUGCAGUCGUCUCGUAGUGAUAUGAGUGCUGCACUUACUGUUGCUCUAGCUCAUUCCUUCUGGCAUCAUGCAUCCUUUGGACAAGUUGGACGCAUUCCCCAAUUCAUGCGAGAGCGGGUUCGUCCAAUGUUAGCAACAGAAGAACAACUGGUAGUGCUGUGCCACCUGGUGGGUCCAUUCUUACAGCGCUUUAACUGUGAGCUGGCUCGUAUGGUCUUUGAUGUGACUAUUGAGCUCUAUGAAGCUCUAGCUAAGGUGGAUCGAAGUGUUACUGAUCUGAAGUACAUGGAUCCGAUUUGUGACGUCCUCUACCAUAUAAAAUACAUGUUUACUGGUGACUCCAUAAAGACUGAUGUCGAAGGAAUAAUUCGUGGCUUGCGUCCAGCACUGCAGCGGCGCCUACGUUUCAUCACGCAUCUCAAUUUAGACUCCAUUGAAAAUAAUGCAGGGAAUAAUACUAGCAGCAGUAGCAGCACAGGGAGUAGCAGCACCCCAAUGGCCAUUAGCAGUGCCAGCACCAGCACCACCAGUAGCACCACCAGCACUAGCACCACCAGCAGUAGCAGUGCUGCAGGAACAAUCACUGGCAGCAGUGUGAAUCUCACAGGAAGUGGACCAACACCUGCGUCUGCUCUUGGUUCUGCAGUGUCAGCUGUGGGAACACUUGGUACCCUUGUUAGUAGCAGUCAGGCAUCCAAUGUGUCCACUUCGGCUAUGGGUGUAGGCUCCUUGGCAGCUGCAUCCAGCUUAGCCUCUCUUCUGCAAGAUACAUCACCAGUUAGUACAUCGUAACUAUGACUAUUAUACAAAUGUAAUAAAACACGAUGGCUGAUGCAAGGAAAAAAUCUAAAAAAAAAAAAUUUUUUAGAGGUCGCCUUGAUCUAAAAAGAAUUUCUUGGUUUAAAUUGGCACAUUUUGUUAUAAUUGAUAAACUGACCUGAAAUAGGAUAAAAAAAACCACACUUGUGUAUUUGGGAAUUUUAUGUAAAGAUUUACACCAAGUCUUUUGCACUAUUCUGAGUACUUUGUUAAGGUCUGAGUAUGUGGUUAGGACUUGCAGCUUGCAUCUGCAACAACUUGCACUGGACGUUGAGACUUGUGUUUAAACGACUAAUGCCUUUACCCAAAAAAAAUAAUUACAUAAAAUUCACAAAUACAUAAGUGUGGGUUUUUAUCCUGUUAUUAUGUCUGUUAGAAGACAUCGCCAUUACUAAUGACUUAAAAUCCUAUGAAUAUUAAAUUGAUGUAUACCAACACUGUAUUUUAUAGUAAAAUUUAUUAAAAAUA